AUGAGGAUCCAAUCCCUGAAUAUGACAAAAAAUCAUGAACCAGUAAAGAGUUUACUCAACAGUAAAACAAAGGACGAAACGUUUGAAGGAAUUAAAGGCCUGUUUGAACUGAUAAUAGUCACAAGACGACGGAUUGUAAAAGCAGAAAGCAGUUCCUGUUUUUACUGCAAAGGCCCUCACAACACAGCAUUAUGCGAAGAGAAGUAUCAAGGGCACGACGAAUCAAAUAAAGAAGAAGCCAAGUCCGUUAACGUCAAUAUUACAAAUAAAAACCAAACGGAUCAAAGGGAAAAAGAAGUUUUACUUCUAUGCAGAAAAGUCAAUGUUAUCAAUCCAGUUAAUCAGGAGAUUCAAAGCGAAGCUAUAGUACUCUUCGAUACUGGUGCGCAAACAUCGUUUGUCUCAAAAAAAUUGAGGCAAAAAUUAAAAUUAAAAUUAGGUUGGUUGGUUUCGAUAUUAGCUGGCAGUGGAGAUGCAACAAGGCCACCUAAAUUCACUGGAGUGACAACUAUAUCAAACUGUAAAGAUAUUACGCCAACAUCCGAAUGGCCACAAAGAACACCAACAACUGAAAUUAUCGGAAUACAGGACAAACCUAAUGACGAAGAUAACGAACAAGCCUUAAACCAAUUUAAGGAUAGCAUUACGAAAAUCAAUGGACGGUAUCAGGAAAUUAUCGGAAUACAGGACAAACCUAAUGACGAAGAUAACGAACAAGCCUUAAACCAAUUUAAGGAUAGCAUUACGAAAAUCAAUGGACGGUAUCAGAUUAUAGCUUCUCAUUUCGAUCCAUUAGGUUUCUUAGUUCCAACAAUGAUACCCUUCAAAUUAUUUCUUCAAGAUCUCUGGAAAAAGAAGUUACCAUGGGAUCAACCACUAAACGAGCAUGAAAACCAAACGUGGAAUUCUCUUAUAACUCUAUGGCCAACAUACGUAAAGGAGAUACCACGCGCUGUUAUUAACAUAUUUCAAUAUACAAGUAUUCACGUGUUCACUGACGCGUCCAUCAAAGCAUAUGCAGCGGCAAUUUAUGUGAAACAGAGUCCGACAACGUCCUUGAUUUUUGCCAAGUCAAGAGUUAUCCCAAUCAAAACGAUGACGAUACCGAAACUCGAACUAUUAGCAAUCUUAAUUGGAGUAAGAGUAGCUCAAUUUGUUAUCAAACAAUUGGAAUUUGAAAAUGCACAGGGAACUCAAAUCAACCCAUAUGAAUAUGAAUUUGCUGUUGAAUUGUUACUCAGAAAAGCUCAAUCAGAAGGACUAUCAGUAGAGGAAAUAAAGAAGCGCAACUUGUAUUAUGUAACGGGAUUAUGGAGGUUUAAAAGCCGAUUGCAAUUUCCAAGUAGUGGUAGUUGUAUCUCAUAUUUAACAUAUCUCCCGAGACACAAUCGAAUAACAGAAAUUAUUAUUCAAACACACCAUGAAAAAAUCCAUCAUGGCGGCAUUCCUCAUACAAUUUCUGAAUUAAGAUUAUAUUGGAUACCUAAAGGAAGAGCCGAAGUCAAGAGAGUAUUGAAUAAAUGUUACGGAUGUAAACGGUGGAAAGCCAAAUCGUUUAAACUGCCACCCAUGCCUAACCACCAUGACUCCCGUACAGUACGAUCCAGAAUAUUUGCUCGAAUCGGAUUGGAUUAUUUAGGCCCUGUCACUGCUAAAACGGAAGUUGGAAUGGAGAAAAGGUGGGUAGCAUUAUUUACAUGUUUCACAACUCGUGCAGUGCAUUUAGAAUUAGCAGAUGAUUUAUCUGCAGAAAGUUUUCUUACUGUGUUAAGAAGAUUCGUAGCACGACGAGGCUGUCCUGAACUAAUUUUAUCAGACAAUGCUAGCCAAUUCCACCUAGUCUAUCGAACGAUCAAGAAAUAA